UCCAUUAAUAAGCUUCCGGUUCUUGUUGUCUGAGUUAAUCGCGAGCAAGCCGUCGAGGUCGCCGCGCUGUCUGAGUUCUGUCAUCGUCGAGCUGGCUGCGUGAGGUUGAAGCGCUACCCAAUUCUUGAGUUUGACAAUUGCCCCGACUCGAAUCACAGAGCGGGAUGAUCAUGGAAGGAGGAGGAGGAGGAGCAAAGGGAACGGUGGCGGCGCUGUCCUCAUUAUUUCCGGCACAGGAUGCCCACAAAGCAGCGAUGCGCGUCCAAGAUGCGAUUUCUGAGAAGCAGAGGGAGCUUGAGCAUCUCCUUGGUUUCAUCUCUGAUAAUGCUAACCUGAUCAACCUUGUCCAGAAAUUACCUGAAGAGCUGCACCAUGAAGUCAUGGUUCCAUUUGGGAAGGCGGCUUUCUUCCCGGGGCGUUUGGUUCAUACUAACGAGUUUCUGGUUCUUCUGGGAGAAGGUUAUUAUGCUGAGAGAACAUCGAAACAAACGGUCGAGAUCUUGAAAAGGAGAGGUAAAGCUUUGGAUUCUCAAGUUGAUUCUCUGAAGGCCAUGAUGGAUGAUCUUAAGGCUGAGGCCUCAUUUUUUGAUGCUACGGCGUCCGAAGCUGCGGAGGGUCUUGUCGAGAUAACUGAGGAGUAUGUGGAGGAAGACAAUAGUGAGCAGGAAUCUGGAUCAGGAGUAAACAAGCAAGAUGCUCCCAGUGUUUCUGGAGUUGAUGAGGCAAGGAUUACAGAAGAAGAUGAAGAAUAUGCUCGUAUAAUGUCCAGAUUGGAUGAACUCGAGAAGGAGGAAGAACUUGCUGCCGCAAACGACAACCAAAACGAUGAAAAAGGUGAGGAAGAGAAUGAAACUUCAAAUCAAUCCUUGGAGAAGCUUCAUGAUGCUAAGCACAGCUAUUCAAAGGCAAGUACAUCUCCGUGUCGGAGGGAUGAAGAUAUAGGUAGUAAAGAGCUACUGGAUAAGUAUCAGCAGCAACAACAAGAGGCUUCUACCAAUCCAUCAAAUUGUUCAAAUUUUUCAGAACAGUCUUCAUCCAAAGGUUCGUUACAUGGCAACAGUUCUUCGACUCAGACUCGGGGAAUGAGAAACACUAAUUCUGCUGCAAAGUCUGUAACAUUUGCUGAAGUAAAAGAAAAGAAUCAAACAUUGCCUGCAUCUACCAGUGAGGCUUUCACGGGAUCCAUUGUCGAGCGCCCUCCUAUUGUGCCGAAAAUUUCUAAACAAGAAACAGAAACUCCAUUGCAGCCUUCUGGUUCUCAACCUUCAAAACCAGUAUCCAGGUUCAAGAUGCAAAGAAGAUAGCGAGCUGCACGCCGCAAUGUCAUACUUAAAGAAGUUUGAAAAUUUUGGUAGCAAUCGAUUUUGUUCGAGUUCUGUAUGGGCCUUGGUGUCUGAUUGCAACAGGAAGAAAGAACAGUCUGAUUAACAUACUAAAUUCAUGGCUUGGAACAGUUUUGAAGG